AUGCCACUGCCCAGUCAAGAUGGCUCGCCGACAGAACCGAAGCAGCCACUUUCCACACCUGCAGCUUCCGUAAUACUCCCCAAGUCAAGACACGCCACACCCACCAUUGGGGGACUCCUUGGGUCCCCGUCGCCAUCGAACUUGGUGCUACGGAAGCCAAGUCCAUCUUCUGCUGUCUUGUAUGCGUCUACGCUCUCGCCACCUGGUUCAAGACCCAUGUCUCCUACUGCACACAGCUCGCCUUUGCGAUCCGUCUCCGAAACAACCCCCGAGAGCACAUCGCGUCAGACAUUGAUGGAGAGUGCUGCCAGAAACCCUGAAGAACCUCUCAAUCUAAUUCUGCGAUCUUUCGUCCCACACGUUUCUGUAUUCCCGUCGAAAGACACCGAAAUCCUUAUUGGCGGAAAAGGGUUUCGAAAUGGGCUGUGGGAGCUAUUACGACCUUUUGGCGAGAACAUUAAAGGAAAAAUGACCGUACGGGACAGUAACGGAGUGGGCCAAACCUUGGAGGACUUUUCGAUUCGGUUUACGCGAUUUGGGAGCAACAUUGGUCACCCAGACCCGUCCGUGUCAAACUCCAGCCAAGACCCGACAAUGCAAAGCCAGCGAGGGGGACACGAGAGCCAUUUGCGAGACCGCAAAUUGCUGGCAGAUGUAGAGGCUGUUGUGGAGCGCCACUUGUCAUUUGCCGAGCAAUUAUCGUCACCAUUACCUCACUUCGAAAGUCCUCCAUCUCAUUGGCAGAUCCCGGAAACCUCGUCCCCUUACUACUCCUUGUAUUUGCGGCGACUACUUUCAGGGCUACCGAUCACGGCUCAUGAGACAUUUUCGCAUCCAGUGGCAUGUGUUAUAGCCAUAAGCUCCAAGAACGAAGCCCCCAUUGAAGAGCUGAGAGCUUUGUACACGGAGACCAAUCGGAUCGGCACAAAGCUUCCGCCCUGGGUUGACAGCACGUAUUUGCGGUACUACGUGUUGAUUCAUGACGAGGAGAAUGAUGACAUUACACGAUCCAUGGCAUUGUUCGAACAGAUGAAACGACAUCUGGGCCUGCAUUGUCAUCUACUCCGCUUGCGCUGCAGUCAAAGCGUGGAGACAGAUGACGAUAGUAUGCCAAUGCCCCGAAGCGACUGGAUAUCUGCAACCGAAGAGCUGGAAGAGAUUCGUAGGAGCGAGAGUGACGAGGAGUUUGAGGAUCCAUCACAUUACAUAUUCGAAUCCGACGUGACAGCGAUUCGCGCCUUUGUCUACGAGAUGGUUACUCAAUCCAUAAUUCCGACCAUGGAAAGGCAUAUCUCCGUCUGGAACGACCAAGUAGCAUCGCGACGCAGAGGCAUAGCGGGCCGAUUUAUGAAUUUGUCACGGAAAUGGACUGGGCUUGGCAGCAGUUCCCGAUCAUCGACUGGUGGGAGCAGCAACUCGAAAGACAACUACGACACGGCUGGGUUCUAUCAAGCAGAGUCACCCGAGGCGAUCAUGAGGAAACUUGGAGACUACGCCUUUAUGCUGAGGGAUUGGAAGCUUGCGAGGUCGACGUAUGAUAUGCUGCGAACAGACUUCAGCGAGUCCAAGGCGUGGAAGUACCAUGCUGCGGCAAACGAGAUGGCUGCGAUCAGCUUAAUGUUGAUGCCGCGGAGUCUGAGGUCCAAAAAUUUGUCGGAGACGGUCGACCAAUUGCUGGAAGCUUCUGUCUACUCCUAUGGAACACAAUCGAACUCGCCGUACGGAGCGAUGCGGUGCCUCAUCCUGGGAUUCGAGCUCCUUCGGUUAUCAGGAGUCUCGCACAUCGAUGACGCAGGGGGAUGGGGGCUCAGGUUGCUUGAGUCAAGAAUACUUGGCGGGGUGGGGGAUGCACUCAUUAAAGAACGACUGUCGAUUUGCUAUGGAUUAACGGCUGGUGUGGGAAGCUUCGGCUGGGGUAGACGACUCCGAAAAUCGGCAACCUGGGCCGUUCUGGCAGCCGACGCCUGGUGCCAGCAAACCAAGUACAUACCCGCGCAAAGAUGCCUAGCCAAGGCUCAGAUUACGUACGAGUCUUUGCCACAAACACAAGGAAUUUCCAAGUUUUCAAGCGCUAUCGAGUACAUCGCAUCGCUGCAGCACGAGCUCGCCGACAAACUCCCAGCGCAUGGUGACAACGCUGACGAGGAGGGUGACCUCGGAGGUGAAACAAUGAAAGGCAAAAUCGACGAGGAGAGUGAGGCCCUGAUGGAUAUGCGUGCCCGCCGAGCGAGUGUUGCAACUCGGAACAGCGUGUUGGAGACAGCCCCGCUCCAUGGAGAGUUGGAACAUGGAGCAGAGGCUUUGAUUAACCAAGGGGGCUUUGGCUGA